AUGAAGGUUUCUGUUUUGUGCUCCAAAGGAUUUUGAUGUACUGAUCGAGUAUUUUACUGUGUUUCUCCCCUCCAUCCCAUCCCUCCCUUCAGACAGGCAGACGGACGGACGGCAGGACGGAUACACGGGUGGGGGCUGUGCUCGGCGGCUCGGCGGCAGGCUGGUGGAAAAUGUCGUCAGGAGCCGGUGGGAGGGGAGGAAGGCGGCUCAGGGGGACAGCAAGCAGCGGUAGUGGCGGAGGGAGAGGAGGUGCGGGGGAAGCAGAGGAAGGCCCUGUGGGGAUCCCUUUCCCUGAGCACAGCGCAGAUAUCCUGGGCAGCCUGAAUAAGCAGCGGCUCAGCGGCCUGCUGUGCGAUGUGCUCCUGGUUACUCAGGAUCGGGAGUUCCCAGCUCACCGCUCCGUUCUGGCAUCCUGCAGCUCCUACUUCCACAAGCUCUUCACUUCAGGUGCCACAGCUGACCAGCAGAACGUCUACAACAUCGACUUUGUGGCAGCAGAGGCUCUGGGAGCAUUACUGGACUUUGCCUACACAGCCACACUGACAGUCAGUCACAGCAGUGUUGCUGACAUCCUUGCCGCUGCACGCCUCCUGGAAAUCCCACCCGUCCAGGAUGUCUGUACACACCUGCUGGACACCAAAGUGCUCUCCCCGCCGGUACAACUCUAUUUCAGAACUAGAAGUGACAUGAGUUAAAGCAAAAUUUAACCUUUAAGAUAAGAUCUUAUCUACAGUUCCUAAAUGACGUCCAGUGUGAGUGUUUAAUGAUUUAAGAGCAGAGCUCAGACUGUGAGCUACAAAUGCUUCAUGCUGAGGAAAUACUUUGUGAAACUCUCAUCAAAAACCUACUUCUCUUAGGGAAUGAGACUUCUAGUUAUCAUACUAUCACCUUUAUUGAACAGUCGGCACAGUCAAGCUUACAUCAUGGCCUUCGUCGGCCUCUCUCACCAUGCCAAACACACGCCCACAGCCUCUGGGUUAGUUCAACACUUAGUCAUUCUCAGCCAAUCGCGUGUGUGGAAGGGCUCCGUGGUCUUUCACAGACUACGGACACAGCAUAUCACAGCUAUGCUUUAACACACUCAAGUAUAGCUGCGGUAUGCUGCUUCUGAAUACACCAUGCUCUACAUCAUGUGAUAAUCAUGGCUUUCGAGAGAGGCUGAAUUUACCAAAACAUAUUUGGGGUUUCGUGCUGCUUGUUGUCAGUUCUUCCCAGAGCAGUUUGUUGAAUUUGUUCUUUCUGUUCAGCCUUUGCCUUAGCUGAUAUUUUUGGGAGAUUGUGAUUUGUUUUAUUAUUACACUUCUUUCUCAUUUAUUUCACUUUGAUUUGCCCUCUUUUUUUUUUUGCUAACCUUUACUCAUUAUUUUGAUCUCCAUUGUGUUUCACCAGGCGGGCAAUGAGCAGAGAGAUGAAGGCGAAGGUGAGGGGAAGACCAGAGGCAGGGAGCAGGGCAACCGGGUGCGGGCCCAGGAGUACCUGGAGUACUUCCAGAGAGGGGCGCACUGGAGCAGCAGCUGCAGCACACCAGAGCUCAGGGACCUGCCCACACACCUGCACUUUAACCACGGGAAUGGGGCGCCUCCCAGCAAUGGGGGUCCUGCCAGCCAUGGUGAGUACUUCUCCACCUUGGCCCUCGCCUUGGCUCAGGCCCCCACGCAGGAGCCAGAGGAGGAGGAUGAGGAUGAAGAGGAAGAUGAGGAUGGGGAGGUGGUACAGGGGAAUGGAGCAAGCUUGGGUACAUCUUACUACCCUCCAUCUCAGAAUGGGCACUUCUACCUCCCUCCUGAGUCCAGGCUGGGACAGGAGACAGAGAUGGAGGAGGGAGGCAGGGAGGUGAUGGCGAGGGAGAGAGGCUCUGCCAGCGCCCUUCUGCAGCAUAUGAUGGACUCCAUUGAGAGGCAGAAGGAGCGCGCAACAACCGGGGAAGAACAGGGAGAUGGGGACGACCCCGACAUGGAAUUUUACUUGAAUUAUUUCAACAGUUCGCAGCAUGAAGAUACAGCUUCUGCUGCUUUGACACAGGGAGUGCCGCCGCCCUGGUUAUCACAGGGUAGAACAAGCCAAGAGAGAGGAGGAGGAGGAGAGAGGGGCAGUGGAGGAGGAGGAGGAGGUGGAGAGAGGAAGAUGCGCUCUAAGGCCUUUCAGAAAUGCCCCAUAUGCUCCAAGGUCAUCCAAGGAGCCGGCAAGCUACCCCGCCACAUCCGAACACACACGGGAGAGAAACCCUAUGAAUGCGCCAUCUGCAAAGUGCGCUUUACCAGGUAAGCCCUAUUAAUGAAGUGAAUACCCCAUGUCACAUGUACUAAUACACUUGGACUUGGCACCGUAGACAAAUGGUCCAGCAGUGGGAAACACCACAAAUCCCAGAGCAGGAGAAUUAGUACUAACCAACUUAGCUCUGCAUUAAAGAGGCAACACAGUUUGUGAAUCUAAGUGUUUACCUUGAUCACGGACUUACGCCGUAUUUCUUUUUUUCUGUCACGUUGCAGCCAAAUGCUAAUCAAAAUGGCAUGUAGAAUAUUCCAGCCCUCCGAGCGGGGGUCAGAUGGCUGUAAAGGUCUGUUUUAUUGUGACAGCCUUCAUAGCAAAGUCCUGGAUUUUAACAUAGGGGUCCUAUAAAAGAAGGCAGUGCCAUGGCGGUGUUAUCUCGUAGAGGGCUGCUAUAAAGUGCUGUGUCCUGAUACAGAGGGGGAUUACAGGCCCUGGAUGGUGCUCUAUGUGCUUCAAUGCAGUAAUUUGAACUUUUGAUCUCCAGUUAUGUUGAUUAUUGCCCACAGCGGGAUAGUUACACCCCCCACCCCCACCCCCCCUCCCCGUCUCUCCUUUUACCUCUAUAAUGAAAUCCGCUGUAUGCUGCCCUGAAAUAUGUGGCAAGUCCACAGCAAGGAACUUGAGUGCACAUGGUUUCCCCGUAUUAAGGAGUCGUGCCUUUUCCUUGAAAUCAUUCCUUUAAUUAAUUAAUCAGUAGACUUGUGCUGGAAAUAGAUACAGUGGACUAGAAAUACCCGGAACCUCUGCUGGCACGGCAGGUAGGGAAGACCAAUCUGAAUUUGCCUUCCAGCUAAAUUCGACCAGCAGAGGGAAGAGGGUAUUGUAAUCUUAAUCCCGUUUGAUCGGGGUUAAGAGUGUGCCUCACACAGUAAUAAAUCACUCUGUCCUUUAAAUAAUUCACCUCUGUCAAUGUGCCACUUUGUUCAAAGGCUUUCGCCCAUGUGUUAGUGAAUUAGUUUGUGUGCACACAUAUAUGUUUAUGUCCUCACCUAUGUACAAAUGUCUUAAUUGUUUUUAUAUUGACAGUGCAGUUUGUGCAAACCUAUAAGGUUUGGAGUUGGUUUAUUUAUUUGCUUGUAUAGCAGCUAAUCCACUUAGGCGGCUCGUGUGUGUGUGUGUGUGCUUGAGUGUGCGUGUGUUCAAAUAGAGUUGUCUUAACUACGCUUCUUUGUUUAGUAGCCCUCUGCCCUGGGUUCAUACGGGUUAGACGAUUAAAGAGCUCAGAAGCUAGAGAGAGAUAGUAAGAGCUAAAGGGGGUAGGGAGGGACAAGAGUCACAUGAAGGCCAAGGCAGCCUGAUAAAGUGAAGUGGGUGGGGCAUCCUCUAAAAUUUGACAAAAUAAGAACAGUUCCAGUUUAUUAUGAGAUGACGAUUACACUCGGAGUGUAAUUGUUGUUCAAAUCUGACAUUACUGGAAAGCAAGUCUUCCACUUCAGCUACUUGAUUUGAUUAGAAGUGGCACACGUACACAAUAUUCACACCAGUUGCUACAUUUAGAGGGAUUGAAGAAGGCUGAAAAAUAGACGGCUGAUGAUUUUACAGACUCGUCGAUAAUUCAGUACAACUCAACAAUAAAAGUCAAGUUUUCAAAGGAUUUCUAAAUUGUUCAGCGGCAGGAGAGAUUGAUUUAUAUCCACUAAACAAACACAUUUCUGGGUUUUGUUGGUUGUCAUGCUGAUGAAACAAAAGAGAAAUCAUAAAACCAACAACUGACACAGUGAACAUUGAGCUUCCCUGUCACUCUACAGUUACACUCCUGUCUGCUAUUACACAGAUAAGAUGUCAAGUUUAUUGCCACUCUUCGGUUGUCCCUGACGGAUUUAUCUCAUUGAGAGAGAUCUCCUUUAGUGGCUGUUAAAUAGGAAAUAGAAUUAUUCAAAGGGUUAAACAUGGAUGAGAUUACAUGUUGAAGUUACUAAUAGUCUUUCAGGUAAAUCUGGUCUUGUACAUGAUAUAAAAAAAGCUGGAUUAGCAUCUGACCCUAACAAGAAAGCCUACAGUUAGCUCUACUUGUUUUGAAAUUGGAGUCGGCCAAACCUCUUAAUCUCAUUUGAAUUUUUUGACUGUGUUCUGAUGUGAUCUUUUUUUGUUGUUGUUAUUUUUUUUCCCCCUUAGGCAAGACAAGCUCAAGGUUCAUAUGAGGAAGCAUACAGGAGAGAAGCCUUACCUGUGUACGCAGUGUGGAGCUGCCUUUGCCCACAACUACGACCUGAAGAACCACAUGCGCGUACACACAGGCCUGCGCCCCUAUCAGUGCUCAAGCUGCUUUAAGACUUUUGUACGCUCAGAUCACCUUCACCGUCACCUCAAGAAGGACGGCUGCAACGGCAUCCCCUCUCGCAGAGGCAGAAAGCCUCGGGUGCGAGAGCCAGGGCUCCUCGACGCCUCCCUGGGCCUGCUCAGCCCCAGUUCUGACACAGGCCCCGGCCCUCGCACCAUCAGGGGACGGAGGCGCUCUGAGGCAUCUUCAGUGGCAGAGGUGGAGGGGACUGUCGGAGCUCUUGCACAUAGUCCUCAGCUGCAGGAGUUGGCUGGGGAGGCAGGGCCCUGAAACUGCAGGGGCGACAAGGACACUGCUGGACAAGUCACUCUGCAGCGCCUGUGAGACAGGCCAGUGAACAGAGAGGAGAAAAAACACACAAAGGCAAACUUUAAAAAAAAAAAACAAAACAACUAGCUAUUCCUCUAUAAACCAAAUCAGGGUGUCACAAAAAUCUUAUCUUUAUAUUUCUUUCUCCUUUUACCGUAGAAAACAGAGUAGACUUUUAAGCACUUAAGUCUGUUUGUUUGUUUAAGAGCAAAGAACGCUUCAAAUCAUACACCCAUGACGUCCACUUUCUGGGCCAUGUCUUUCUUUAUAAUGUUAGGGGGUUUUAUACAUUGGCAUAUGUGCUUAGGCAAAUGUAUAAUAGAUACAAAAACACUCUUUGCAACUAUGCAGUUGAUUUAGAUUUUUAUCGGUUUUGUCCUCACAGCCUUCAAGCUCUAAGCAAGGUGUCUAUCAAGCACCUUCUGGCUGCUGUACGGGUGAAGCGAGGACAAAUCCUCCCAGUGAAAACAACUCUUUUUCUAUUCUUUUGCAGGUCUGAAAUGUACAGUUACCAUAGAAACAACAUUGCCACAACAUGGCAUAUGCAAGGAAAACUCGCCACAGUUUUGAUGCAACAGUUUUUCUCUCUAGAUGUUCCGGAAAGACUGAGACAAGGGUUUGAUUGAAGUGUUGCUUUCUCUAUAAAAUACGUUUUAGAAGAUCUAUGGUUUGUCCUAUUGAAAAAAACUAUUUGUCGCUGAGUCAAAUCCACUUUAUUGGGGACUCGCCAAUUGCAGAACUAGGGAACAUGAGGGGUAGAGGGGUCUGUGUUUCUAAAGCACUACCAUCGUCAAUGUAUCUGUUGGCUUGACUACGUUGCCUCUUAUCCCUCACAAAACUGCAGUUUCAGCAUUUCUUUUUUCCUUUUGAUUUGUCUUAAUUUGUUUGUCGUUCCUUUUUUGUUGACUGCUUCGGGUACUUGACACUUUAUAAAUGUAUACAUGUAUAUACAGCAGGUGGUGAUAUGACAUUGGUCCCCUCUUAAUGCUGAGGUGUACUCACCAAUCGGGUUUUUCCUCUUAGGCUUGAUGUCAUAUUUCUCACUGAGUGGAGCUUGUGGGUGAACGAAACAAACUGUAUGAAUGUUUGAUGAAAAAAAAAAAAAGAAACAUUGACUCACCCAUUUGUUCUAAACUUAACACUUGACAUGUAUAGUUCCUGCCCAAAGGAUGAGGAGGUGGAAUGAAUGAAUGUGCUUCAACUUUGUGCAGUUUUUUCGGAAUCUGUCCUUGUGUGACAAGGCGCGGGUAGCAUUUAACCAACUGCAGGUUAAAGGAAUGGCAGGGAGCCCGAGUGAGAGAGUGACAAAGAGUACGAAGAAGAGAUAGAUGAGCACCUUUUUUUCUAUGUUUGCACAGCUUUACUAAAGACAUCCAACAAAGCGGGAGAGAGGUGUACUUAAAGGAAGUGGGAUGGUGUUUAGUGGAGGGAGUGAGAGGAGGUUUAUGUAUCAUGCUUAUUCCAAUCUUUUUUUCGCCCGAGGGACCACACAACCGUGAGGCAACCUGUAUGAUGAAGAGAGCAAUAAAUACCUGUCCAAGUUUGGGAGGCCAAAUCGGAGCGCAGCUGCAGCUGGUCGAUGGGGGGAGGGGAACAAGGGAAGGGGAGGGGGAUCUCACAAUGUCUGUUGCAUUCCAAAAAAUAAUCUCCCCCAGCUCAGCCACGUUUCCAGGCAGGAGGGGAUCAAAUCAGGCCUUUUCUCUCCCUCGCUCUCCCUCUGUAGUCCUCUAAUGCCCCCGGACCAGCCUGGAGGGGAUAUUAUUAUAUUAGAGCCUGGUGUUGCCGAGGGUAGGACGCCUGGUGCUGGCUGUUUAGCGCGCAUGUGUGUGUAUGUGUUUGUGUUUGCAUGUACGCGUGUUUUUGUACAUGUGUGUGCGUGGCAGCCGGGGUCGCUCUGGCCACAUCAUCACUAUGUGAGUCAGCCACAGCCUGUUCAAACAUGCACCCUUAGCUGCCAAGCCCAAUGCACUUUCUCUGUCUCUCUCACCGAGACACACAGACACACACACGCAUGCUCGCACAAUCUCACUGGGUCCAGGUAUCCUGUGGAGAAUGGGAACCCACCAGAGUAGACGUAUUUGUUUGAAUAUUGUCUGGGACUACUUACAUCUGGAUUCAUUCGUCUCCAAAAGUCCAAGUUGUCUUGUUGUGCUUCAGAUAUUUUUAUUCCAGACUAGCACAUUUCCUUUGAGUCAAGGAGGGAACACGCGUGAUAUUUACUCCCCCUGCUCCAAAAAACCCCUCACCCCAUCAUUUUCGUUGUAGUGCUGUAGUUCAACUGUCAGUCCUUAGCACCUUAAUUGGAAAGAUCCAGGUUAUGAAUGCACUUUGUUACUGAGGAGGGCACUUUUGUUAACCAAACGGGUACUUUGAAACAAACCAGUUGCAAAUGAGAUCAGUCCAUUUGUCUGUCCAUGGUGGUGAAGAAAAACUCCUUCACUGGUUUUGUUCAGGUUUCGACGACAAGCUGCCAAAAAAGAAAAAAAAAGAAAUGUACAAGUUCAGGUCUCUGAAAGAGAUUCUGGGUCAGUUCAGAUACCAACAUGCUGGGUUUUGUGACCUUAAAAGAAACAGUCUAAAUUAAUCCUUGUAACUGAUUGCACUUGAAGUUAGUUUAAAGAAACUUAGAGUUGUUGUGUCUUAAUGCAAAGAACGUGGGAGGACGAGGAAGCAAAAGAAGAAUGGGGCUUGUGUGCAUGAGUGUGUGUUCGUAUGUAUGCGUUUUUUAAUGCAUGUGCACAAGUAUGUUUUGCUGGCUGGCAAGCUGGAGGGUCUCGGGACAAGCAUGGAUAAACAAACUUUGUGUCUACCCCAUCUGUUCACCAGCUACUCUCAUAACUACACGUGUCCUCUGAGGGACUACAGCGAUAAUAGGUCCACAGUACCACAGAAGCAGAAUACUUAAAUAUAAAACAACUCAUUGGACAGUUGCUUGUUUACUUCACGGCUCUCUCGGUGCAGAUUUGCAUAACUCUCUGUUUACCGUUGUUGGUCUUGAGAGUUUUAGUUUCUAAUUUUGCUUUUCUGUUAUGAUAGAGAUGGGGUUAAUUAAUGCACAGAUUGACUCCCACGGGCAGACCUAUGUAAAGUGUAUAUGUCUACCUGCUUGGCAAUUUUUAUAUAGUGGUACUGGGUAUGAACUGCCAUUGUGUCUUGAUGAUUGGGACCUAUGAGCCAUCUUAAAUAUAUGUUGCUUUGAACCUUAAUAAGUUCCCCAAAAGUCUUAUGUUGUUUGUUGAUUAACCAAAGCUUUUUACCUUCAAUCUUAGUCCACUGUAGGCUAGAGUUAUUGAAAGUAGAUCUAUAAUUUAUCUGGACAGGAGUAAGCCCUCCUCUUGAAUACAUAUGCAGAAAGAUGUGUGGAAUCAUACAGAUAUAUUUACUUGAGUUUGCUUUCUCUCGCUCUUUGUACCCUUACGGAUAGUACAAUCAGAGGUAAAAGGAUGUAUAGAUGUUGGGUCUGUCGACAAUUUUUUUUUUUUUUUCUUAAAAUAUUGUGUUGUGCUACAGCUAUUUUUUCUAACUAUUUGACAUGGCUGUGCAUUUGUGUGUGGAAUGAGUGUGUGCUUGUGUGGGUUGGGGUCAUGGCUUUGGGGUUGCUGUGCCAGGAGGGUGGGUAUGGGUGCUUUUGGGUGGGGUAAAUGGAUUAAAAGCCUGAUAGCACUGGAAAUGGUGCUUUAGCUGAGAGAGCAAAAGUUUGCACUAAUGUUUAAUGUCCUUGUCCUGCUUAUGGGAGAAGGACAGGAGACCUCAGAAAGGCCUGCGAGUUUCCAUGAGCACAGAGCAGUGUGGUUAAUACUCAAUGGUCUCAUAUAGAGUCCAUCCAAGCCCUCCAUAGAAAUUAUCAUGUACAGUAUAUUAAGAAUAUACAGGCGUCCAACAACUACCAAUACCAAAGCAGAAAAAUGGCUUGCACUAAGUCAUUGGACAUUUUAAGCUACCAAUCUAAUGUUGGUUUAAAGAGUUUUACUGUUCAAUCUGAAGCCUCUUGAAAAGAGAUUCUGGAUGUAAUUUUUGUUAAAAACUAGAAAGUAUGUGGUUAUAGCAAAUGAUAUUUGCUCUUUAUAUUAAGAAUAAUUCCAAAUACAACAUGUAAGCACUUAGAAGGUAACAAAGACAUUCUGAUCUGAUGGCUGAGAUGUACUGUGUGCAGGUGCCAGAGAUGUUUGACCUAUACUUUGUCCCCUGAUUGGAUUUUAUAAACUUUUUUCACAUGCUGAUGAAAAAAUGUUAUGAACUGAAAAUGAGAAUAUUGUAACUUUUGAACACUUUUUGACUGUUUGCUGAAUUGAAUGAUUUCAGUCUACUCUCUGAAAAGGUUGAAUGAUUUGAAAUGAUCUGUGGUUGAAGCAGACUGUGGCCUUGUCUGAGCAGCACUACGCUUGUUUGUUUUUUUUAAUGUAUGUUGUAAUGUGCAGUUUGGGGCUGAGGCUUUUACUCACCAGUGCGUGAUGUAAGGGCCACAGUGGACGGAGGCUGACAAAACUUAAACGUUUGCUUAAAUUUAGACAGGCUGAUUGACUCUCUUCUCAAAAAAUUAAAAUAAUAAAAUCAAAAACUUUACUUGAAUCAAAACAUUAAAAUGUUUCUGUCAACCUCAAUGAUUCAUAACUGGUGUGUCCCCGGCCUCAGCCCCAGACUAAGGUUACGCUGACUCUGGCUACACUGAGACAGUCUCAGAAAACUUGCAAGUGUUUUUCCAAAUUGACCUUGAUAUGUUUUUGUUUUUUUUUUCCAUGCUGUUAUCAAAGAUUUGUUAAACCUAUCUGAAAGGCCAUAAAACAAAACAGCGGAGAAUUACAUAACAGUUCUAAUGUAAAUAAUCAAACGCAGCAGGACAAGGUGACUGUUAUCAUUGAGAUUCACAACGGCAGAAAGGGCACUAUUUUCUUUGCUUUGUCAUUUUCCUGCACACCUGAUUUUUUUGUGUGUUCUCCAUCAGCAAGCUGAGCGCAGCAUAUGCAGAAUAGCACUAUGCACAGCAUGGCUCUGGCACUUACUCAGACAGCCCUGGGUCCUUCAGAGAGGCAGGCUGCUGUCUGUUGGCUGCUCUCAGCCGAGUGGGGACAGUUUGCAGUAUCUGGGGAUGCAAAGGUUGCCGUAUGGGGAGGAGGACUAAAUACGGGUGGUAGGGCAAGGUUAGGUGUCGUUUUCAGGGAUGAGAAUAGAAAAGCCCAGGUGAUGGACUCAUUCGCUGAGCAAUGAUUCAGUGAUGGUCCUGGUAUGAAUUGCACGUCCAAAAUAUGACAAGAAUUGUAACACACGGAGGUCAUCACAGAUUUCAGAUUGAGGCAACAGGGAGCAUGUUGCUGAUCUCUUUUGUCUCUAUGUAAGUACUACUCAGGUGGAAGAUACACUGCUAUGCAUUGGUUUUAAUGUCUGCUAAGUUAAUAAUAUGUUUGAUCAUCCUCCAAGUCACUUCUCUGUCCUCGCCUUUCUCGUUUUUUAAAAACCCAUAUUUAACAUUAUUUCCAGAAAGAAGAAGAAGCAGCAGGAACAGUUCCCUCAUUGUAAAGUGGCUGUGACCAGCCUAUUUCUCUGUCUAAUAUCGAUCCAGUGGAUUGUUUGUUGGAGGGAAGGAAGUCACUGGAGAUUCAGUCUUAUUAGUCAGACUGUAACAGUUUUGAAAGGAAAUGGGGUUGGAAAAAUCACAGGGUGGGGUGGGGUGGGGUGGGGGAUAUGUUCUCCUACUUUCUGCUCCCAUUACUCCCCUCUCUCCGGACUAAGAGUCUACAUCUUUGUUGCAGAGCGGCCUUUGAUCACAGAUCCCAAGUCCUCGCAGGGAGGACUCGACAGAGAGGGAGAAAGGAGGGAGAGGGGAUUGGAUGAGGAGGAAGAAACAGUUACAGUUUGACGUCACCUUAACCAAUUUAGGAUACAUUCCAUAACUUCAUACUGUGAUUCCCACUUCUGAGUUUGCUUAAGGGAUGUGAGCUGAUGACAGAAGGAGGAAACAAUCAACACAGUGCCGUUGGUUGUUUUGGACAGUCUGUCCGGUAUCCCUUCAAUGUGUGACAGACAGACAUUCAGACAGACAGUUUUUAAAGACCCCAAACUACCGUGAUCCAACUGCCUUUUUUCAGCCUCUGCGAUUGUAACAAAAGCACUUUGCGAAAGGCCAUCCUGAAUAUUUGUGUGCUUUUAUUUUAUGGUUAUCACUAUUGUAAUUAUUAUUUUAUUGUUUCUGUUGAUGUUUUAUUUCUCAGUGCAGAUGAUUAUUUAAAUGCAAAAAAACUAAAUGAGAAAAAUGAAAAAAAAAGAGAAAAACUUGAAUACUUGGUAUCUGGAUCGAAGGUGGUCAAAGCUGCCACCUCGUCUGGACAUAAACAAACACAUCUCUGUUAUUCUACCACCAUACCUGUUUUAUGCAGCUUAUUGCAUAGUCACACACAAUAGUAAAGGGGGGGAACAGGACAGAUCUCACCCUACCUGCUCUCUGCUUAGUGUCCUACUUCAUGUUGGGAGAAAGGUCAUUUGAUCUCAUUUUGGGAGACUCCUUUUCUUGAAAAAGAAACCUGUACAACAGUUGCAAAGCUUUCUGAGAAGGCUGGCUGUGCUGAAUGUUAAACAUGCAGUGUUGUACCCACUGCAGAAUCUCUUUGUCUGCAAUAACGCCCUGUCUGUGUAGUUAAAGGCUGGAUCUGGUAUCCCUAUAGAGCUUAUAUGUAUAUGAAAGACAGAUGAAAUGGCCAUUGAGCACUCUGCAAAUAAUCCGAACAGAAAAGUUAUUCUUGGCGUCAAAUCAAGAUUAUUGCAGUAGAGAGUGGAGAGAAUAAUACUGAUCAUAAUAAACAUUCAAUAAAUCCAUAGUUCAGUUAAUGGUUUAACUUGGGAGAGACAAAAAUAGGCUACUAUUUAUGAUAGAAUGAUUUAUAACUGUGAUUGUUAUGAAAAUCUUUUAAAGACUUUUAUCUCAUGUAUGUUUGAAACAGCAGAGUGUGUCCCAAACCCAGACAAUAACUGUUGACGCACACGGGAAAGAAAACUGAUGGACUUCUGUCUGUGUUCAAACUUUAUCCUUGUUGCACAUCAGACCUCAUUCAAAUAGUGCAUGACGACAGGUGGAUCACAAAGGUAGAGUGUUUGUGAACUGUGUUUAACUGAAGGGAUGUGGCCGCAAAGUGCAACAUUACAGAAAGUUUGAACCAGCAGAGUGCAUCAGCUCUUCUUAUUCCCAGUCUGGAUUUACUAUUUAGGUAACCCCUCUCUCUACACAAAGAUUAUUGUCUCUUAGCAUAGCAGUCUGUCAGUCGGUAUCUGUUGAAAGCUGCAGGGGUGCGAUUGGUAAUUAUUUCUUUUUCUUUUUUGAAAAUUUGCACUUUUUGGCGAUGAAAAAAAUUGUAUUCUAUAUGAGACCACUAAAUCCACACAGUCUAAACCAUAUAAUUCCAUUUUGUUUUGUGUUAUUUUUUUUGUUCGGUUUUUCUUUUUUUUUUUUUUAUAUAUCCAAAAAUGUCUGGCAUCUGGUUGUCUGGUUUAAAGGAUAUAAAAUCUUUCUAUUAAAAACAAUGGUUGCAAACUUUUGUGUGGAUUGUCUUGUUUCAUAACCUAUUAAAUAUUAUGCACAGGUGUGUAAGGUGUGGCAUCUGUAAUAAGUAGUGUAUGGCACAUAUGAGUAUUUCAAUAAACAAGGUUAUUUUGUAAAAUAGAUAGAUAGAUAGAGAGAGAGAUAGAUUCCCAUGUUACAGCAGCAAUAAAAACAUAAAAUUAAAUAGAAUAUAAGAGGAAGUAUAUACAAUGCAGACUAAAUUACUAAAUAAAUACAGACUAAAUAUACUAAACAUCCUAAGAGAAAAAUAACAGUCAAAAGUCCAGUUACAGCAGAUUCCAAA